UCUGUAUUCUUCCACCAAUUUUUUUUUUUUUAAUUUUAAACCAAAUCAUAAACCAAAGACACCCUCAAAAUUCUCAGAAUCAAGAAAUGGAUUCAGACUCUGUUCCUCGUUCUGUUUCUGUUCAGCUCCCGGUUAUCGAUUUCUCGAACCAAACCCUAAAACCAGGAAGCUCAAAGUGGGAUGAAGUGAAGGCUGAUGUCCGUAAAGCUCUAGAAGACUACGGUUGUUUCGAAGCUUCCUUUGACAAAGUGUCAGUGGAGCUUAAGAAGUCUGUUUUUGAAGCUAUGGAAGAGCUUUUCGAGUUGCCGAUUCAGACCAAACAGAGAAACGUAUCUUCAAAACCCUUCCAUGGUUAUCUUUGUCAUAAUCUUUACCAGAGUUUGGGGAUCGAUGAUGCUAAUGUUUUGGAGAAAGUCAACGACUUUACUCAACAGUUAUGGCCUGAUCAUGGGAACAAGAGUAUUAGUGAGACGAUACAUCGAUUUUCGGAGCAAUUAGUGGAAUUGGAUGUGAUGGUGAGAAGAAUGAUAAUGGAGAGCUUUGGGAUAGAAAAAUACAUUGAUGACCAUCUUAAUUCUACAAAUUACCUUAUGCGAUUUAUGAAGUAUACAUCACCUCCUGAUGAUGAUGAUGAGGAAACUAAGUUAGGUUUACGCUCUCAUACCGAUAAAAACAUCAUCACGAUCCUUCAUCAGUAUCAAGUUGAUGGUUUGGAAGUGAAGACUAAAGACGAUAAAUGGAUCAAAGUGAAACCAUCUCAAGAUUCUGUCCUUAUUAUGGUUGGAGAUUCUCUAUGCGCACUUUUGAAUGGUCGAUUGCCUUCUCCGUAUCACCGAGUCAUAAUGAUGGGAAAAAAGACAAGGUAUUCGACUGGACUGUUUUCAAUUCCAAAAACAGGAGUUAUCAUAGAUUCACCAGAAGAACUUGUCGACGAAGAGCAUCCACGUAUAUUCAAACCCUUUGAGCAUAAAGAUUUUCUUCACUUCUUUCACACAGAAGCUGGACGUAGAGCACAAUCAGCUCUCCAUGCUUUCGCUGCCCUCUGAACCACUAGACUUGAAUCAGAAUUAUGUAUGAAUGUGUAUAUGCAUGCCUGUUGUGUU